CUCUUCUCCUCCUUUCUGUCUGACUGCUGCCCUGUCAUCGGCCUGGGUGUGGUUUGAGAGUCCGGGUACCGUUAGCAGGAAAUCCAACUUUCGAGUCCAUUUCUAUUUUUCAGGGCGGCAGGCACAACCAUUUCACCAUUUUUUCGACAGUUCCAAGUAUUUUGGCGUGCUUUCAAUCGAGCUAACAAGACAUAGGUUGGAUUCGUUUUGGACAGGAAGGCGUUUGACUGGCGCCGUUGUUCGGAUGGGAAAAAGUUUUCUGGUGGCGUCGACAACUGCUCGUCUCUUCUAUUAGUUUUGGUUGUUUUUUCCCUCCCUUCGAAUCCGAGUCGGACCAACAAAAGCCAAGAUGCCGAAAACGAUUAGUGUAAGAGUCACCACAAUGGAUGCGGAACUGGAGUUCGCCAUUCAGCCCACAACAACAGGAAAGCAACUCUUUGACCAGGUGGUUAAAACCAUCGGGCUACGAGAGGUGUGGUACUUUGGACUCCAGUACCAGGAUACCAAGGGUUUAUCCACAUGGCUCAAGCUGAAUAAGAAGGUGACGGCCCAAGACGUGAGGAAGGAAAGCCCGCUGCUCUUUAAGUUCCGCGCCAAGUUCUUCCCCGAGGAUGUGUCCGAGGAGUUAAUCCAGGAUGCCACCCAGCGGCUCUUUUUCCUGCAGGUUAAGGAGGGAAUCCUUAACGACGAUAUCUACUGCCCCCCGGAGACGGCCGUCCUCCUGGCUUCCUACGCCGUGCAGGCCAAGUACGCCGACUACAACAAGGAAGUCCACACGCCGGGCUAUCUGUCCAACGAGCACCUGCUCCCUCAGAGAGUUCUGGACCAGCACAAACUCAGCAAGGACCAGUGGGAGGAGAGGAUUCAAGUAUGGCACGAAGAACACAAGGGAAUGAUGAGAGAGGAAUCCAUGAUGGAGUAUUUAAAGAUCGCCCAAGACCUGGAGAUGUACGGAGUCAACUACUUCAGCAUCAAAAAUAAGAAAGGAACAGAGUUGUGGCUGGGAGUGGAUGCUUUGGGACUUAACAUCUAUGAACAGAAUGACAAGAUGACGCCCAAAAUUGGAUUCCCUUGGAGCGAAAUCAGGAAUAUCUCCUUCAAUGACAAGAAAUUUGUCAUCAAACCCAUUGACAAGAAAGCUCCAGACUUUGUAUUUUAUGCGCCACGGCUGCGCAUCAACAAGCGAAUUCUCUCUCUAUGCAUGGGAAACCACGAGCUGUACAUGCGCCGACGCAAACCCGACACCAUUGAAGUGCAGCAGAUGAAGGCUCAAGCUCGAGAAGAGAAGAACCUCAAAAAGAUGGAACGAGCUCUCCUGGAUAACGAAAAGAGGAAAAGGGAAGCUGCGGAAAAGGAAAAGGAGAAGAUCGAGAAGGAAAAAGAAGAAUUAAUGGAGCGGUUAAAGCAGAUCGAGGAGCAAACCAAAAAGGCCCAGCAAGAGCUGGAGGAGCAAACGCUGAGAGCUAUGGAGUUGGAGCUGGAGAGGAAGCGAGCGCAGGAGGAGGCGGAGCGCCUGGAGGCGGAUCUCAAAGGUGCCGAAGAUGCCAAGAUGGCGCUUUUGCAACAGUCGGAGAACCAGAUGAAGAACCAAGAGCAUCUGGCCACAGAAUUGGCUGAGUUGACCUCAAAGAUUUCCCUUCUGGAGGAUUCCAAGAAGAAGAAAGAAGAUGAGGCAAAUCUGUGGCAAGAGAAGGCCACGUUGGUGCAGCAGGACCUGGAGAAGACCAAAGAAGAGCUCCGAAACAAAGUGAUGGCGGCCCACGUUCAAGAGCCCAUCAACACCGAGAACGAGCACGACGAGAACGACGAAAGCAGCGCGGAAGCCAGCGCCGAGUUCACGUCCGCCGCCGGGUACAAGGACCGCAGCGAGGAGGAGCGCAUGACCGAGGCCGAGAAGAACGAACGUUUGCAGAAACAUCUACUUGCCUUAAGCUCCGAGUUGGCCAACGCCCGAGACGAGAGCAAGAAGACGGUCAACGACAUGAUCCACGCGGAAAACAUGCGGGCGGGCCGAGACAAGUACAAGACCCUCCGACAGAUCCGCUCGGGAAACACCAAGCAGCGUAUCGACGAGUUUGAAUGUAUGUGAUGCGGAAGGAAGGACUGACCGCCUGCCUCUUUUUGUUUCUUCCUAAAUAAAAAUCUGCUACAAAUCACCACAUGGCUGCACAAUGUACAAAUACAGAUCUGCCGUUUCUAACUGAAUUGAAGGCAAGUCACUGGUUGAUAAGGGACAUACUGUAAGUAGAAUAGCGUUCAUUUUUUUUUUUUGACACCGCCGAUAAAACCGCGUCAAUGUUGAUUUCAUCUCAUAUUUCUGUCACCUGCUUGAAUGGAGACUUCAAAUUAAAAGAGCGGAAGGCCAGUUCAAGUUAUAUUCCUGACGCUCACGUGCCAACUCCCGUUUUUCAAUGCCGUUGACGGCAAUAGACGUCAAAUCUUUUUUAACCGGGAGGCUCCCAAGUCAAGAGAUUGGACGGCUAUCAACAGUCAAUGCAGUCGAUGAGUUAAAUAUUGUGUGGAGGGGGAAAGAAAAAUGAUCUAAAUUUAAUGUAGUACAUCAGAUUUUUGUUAGCUCUGCAGUUUGAAUUUACAGGUUCUAACACAAGAGUUUGAUCCAAUAGUUUUGAUAUUUCCAACAUCCUACAGUAUGUCUUCUAUAAAGUGGUUUAUUGCUAUUUAAUCACAAAAAAAAAAAUUGUUUUAAUCAAGUCAUUUCUUUAAACAUGCACUGGAACAUCAAAGUAUUAACCAAAAUCAUGGAUAGUAUCUCCAAUUUCAUUUCAUAUUCUGUAUGUAUUUAAUGAAUGAAUUUUGUAUUUUUGUGAUUUGGAUUAUUCCGAGGGGAGCAAAUCAUGUUUGGUGUUUGAAAAGACAAGAUAUUUUUGUAUGAUACAACUUUAGCUUUCAGUAUUAGUUGUAUAAAGUUCUACUUAGUUGAAGGAACAAGCAACAAAUUCCGCUUUAUGACAAUUAAAUCAAGGUGACAAAUCCCCAUUGUUACUUGCUGACAUAAAGGGUUUUGCUCGUUUCAUAGAAUGGGUCUUUGUAGUUCCCAUAUUUUGCGAGUCGUGUAGAAUUAGGCGUUUCUUUUUAUUCAAUUUUCAUCGGUAGAAAUGAAUUUUGACCUUCCAUGCAAUUUACGAUAGUUUUUUUUCCCGCCAAUUUGCCAUUUCUGUAAGUCGAGUUUUAUUUUUCACAUCUGACAGUGCCUUUUUGCUUCAAAUCUUCCUUUCGCCAGUGAAUAAAAGAAAGAAAAAAUCA